AUGGCUGCGGCAUCCGGACGGGGGAGUUGUACACGAUUCCGCUCCAUUCACGUACUUGAUCUAUCCAUCCCUUUUAUCACUCGUCUUUAAAAGAUUAAUAAAUAGAAUGAAACCAGUUUUAUUUGAUUGAUAUUUGGUUCGUGUUUAAUGGUAAACCAGCCGUUUGUUAAACUUAUUAUUACGUAUAAGUGAAGUAUACAAUUAUGAAAGGUGUAUAAAAAACUCCACUAGCUCGGUGAUUGACAACGUCAAUAAGACAGAAAUAUUCAACGUCUGAGAAAAGACGAAGAAAGUUAGAAACGUAUAAUAGACGUAUAUAAACGUUUGUAUAAUUUCGACUUUUAGUGACAAUCUGUUUGUCAAAGAUCCUAUAGAUACGAAUAGUCUAAUGGAACAACGGCUCAAAAAACGCAGUGAGAAAUACAUUGCAGAUUUCAAUAUAAUUAUCGUGUAUAUAAAACUUGGGAUUUGUGUAAGUUGAAGAUCUAAACUAAAAGGAAAACUUAAGAGUUAUAUUCCGUAGUAAUAAAGUGGAAAGGUCGUCCUCGAAAAAUAUCCUCAGAAGAAGUCGUUCUCAGAAAAAUAGUUGCCUUCUGGAGAGGUCGUCCUCGACAAAGGUCGUCUCCUGGAAAGGUCGUCCUCGACAAAGGCUGUCUCCUGGAGAGGUCGUCCUCGACAAAGGCUGUCUCCUGGAAAGGUCGUCCUCGACAAAGGCCGUCUCCUGGAAAGGUCGUCCUCGACAAAGGCUGUCUCCUGGAGAGGUCGUCCUCGACAAAGGCCGUCUCCUGGAAAGGUCGUCCUCGACAAAGGCCGUCUCCUGGAAAGGUCGUCCUCGACAAAGGCCGUCUCCUGGAAAGGUCGUCCUCGACAAAGACUCCUGGAAAGGUCGUCCUCGACAAAGGCCGUCUCCUGCAGAGGUCGUCCUCGACGGUGGUUGUGCUCGAAGGAAAUUUGGAGGAAUUACACAACUUUCAACUAUUCCUUGGCCACCACUGGGAUUCCCCCUAAAUGGACACACAGCAGGGUGCAGGGACGCCGGCCAGAGAGGAUGUUGGUACCGAGGGUAGACGUGGGUGGCGGAGCUGAUGGAGACGACCACGAACACCAGCAAGGAGUCGCUUCGAUGUUAUGCAACUGUCACACGGAGACUGACAGCAUGACGGACACGCAACUCACUGUUCUGUGUCAGGCAAACGUCACCUGUACGAAUCUGAACGUCCAACCAGGAGCCACUAUCGUCUCCCCUAUUCUCCUCUCCCUAAGUGGCGUUACUGGACAGAUCUGGGCGCUGUACUACCUGUACACCACCACCAGACCUCAGCACUCACGCACAGUGUUCUUCGUCCUGCUCAGCACGCUCAUAUGGACCGAUCUGAUUGGCAAAGUGCUCACUACCGCGCCGGCGCUGGUAGCCUACGUUCAUGGUCGAUGGGUUGGUGGGGUUCCGCUGUGCAACUUUCACGGGUUCUCGAUGAUGUUAAUCAGUCUGGUGACACACCUGCUGGUCUCCACCAUGGCUGUAGAGCGCUUCAUCGGCAUCAGACACGGCUACUUCUACAACAAGAACAUCACAACCUCCAGAACUAAGCUGUUGCUGCUGAGCAUCUGGCUGUUCUCGGCGCUAUUCUGCGCUCUGCCGCUCUUCGGGCUGGGGCAGUACGGGCUCCAGUACCCUGGUUCCUGGUGCUUCGUUAACAUCCACGUCUCCAGCAACUCCCCGCUCCACCACCGCAUCUACACCAACGUCUUCGGGGUCUUCACAAUAGUCAACCUGCUCAUUAUGGUCUUCUGUAAUAUCGUCGUUAUCAUCGUCUUACUGGAGAAAGCCAUGUAUCGGAGAGGCAACCUUUGCGAAGCGACCUUGCUGUGCCUCCGGCUGUGUCGCCAGCGGUGCUCGGGGUCCAGCUUCUGUGCCCCUCACCGCACUUACAAGCAGAGGGAAUUGGAGAUGCAGAUGGUGAUCGUCCUCCUCGUUAUCACCAUCGUCUUCAUCAUCUCCUGGACGCCUAUUGACCUCCGGCUCUUCCUGAACCAAAUCUGGCCACACAAGACUCGCGAGGAUCACAUUCAGGACAUGAUUGCCGUGCGUCUCACCUCUAUCAAUCAGAUCGUCGACCCGUGGGCCUACAUUAUCUGCAGAAAGGUGUUCGCUACACGUGCCUGGCGCUGGAUGCGACUCUCCUUCAUGGGCUCCCGCCUCCUGGCCAGGGACAGCUCCAGCCAUCCCGGCGGCUCACACAAGAAACUCUCUAAGACCAUCAAACCGCCCGAGAAAAUCCAAUAUAAGACACCAUUUAAAGGAGGAGGAGACAACGGAGUGACACAGGAGAGAGACAACAAGGCCAUGGUAGUGGUCGUGGAGGGUGACGCCCUGCUCAACACCGGACCAAGGACACCCAUCAAGGACAGCCCGGACACGCCAGGACCAGCCUCCAAGGACGGGCCAGCUAGCGUGGCGGAGGGAGAGCAGGUAGUGGGGGUGACCCUGGACCCCAGCAGUGCCCACAGAACCCCCCACGUAGCCCUCAGUGGGUCGGAGCACACCACGUACGCCACGGCUCUUCAAGCCGGGUUAGACCUGACAACCUUGGCUGUGGUCCCCAUCCCUGUGUUUACGUCGGAGCAGUAUUCCGUGCGGCAGCUGGUGGAACCCUGUCAUCACCCCAACCACCAUUCCUACACCAACCACCAUUCCCACAGUACCAACCACCAUCCUCGACUCAGGCGCCUCGCCUCCUCUGCCUCCGCCAAAGAUUCUUCCACCUCUAGACAGCCCAGACGAGCCCACGAGUAUGAGGGAGUGACCCCGGCGGACUCCUGGGCGUCUGCUUCAGCGGUGCUGGGUCGUCGACACUCCUGGUGCUGUCCUCAGGCUUCACUACACACCAAGUACUAUCGCACCCAAAACACCCAGACCUUCGUGUCCUCCCACGCCAGCCCCUCUCAGGGGGACGACAACGCCCUCCACACCCAGAGGAACGACCACGCCCACCGCACAAUUGAGGACGACCACACCCAGGAAAUCGACCACACGGCUAGCGACGCCUGCCCCUACCACCACCACCACCACCAAACUUCCAGCGGCUCUUGUGUGUGUACUAACCCCUACGGUACUGGCACUUACCCCGCCCACUACACCUCAGCACCCCUCACCCACAACACUACCCCCUCCCACACCCGCUACACCCACCAACAGGACAAACAUACCGCCUCUCAUCAAACCUCCACCUUCCCCUACCAUAACCAAAAUCUCCAAUGUAACCCCACCCGACGCGAUCCGGACAAUGAGGUUCUCCACGUAGAUUUCAACCACACCCAUACCCAUCACAACUCAGAACCCACGACCCAUUUUCUCAGCCCUCAUGCCUCUACUCACCUCACCAACCUGGACUUCUGCAACUUUAACAGUGAGGGACAUUUCGACCGACAUAAAAACAGUCACACGGUUGGACCAGAUGAUAUUAAUUCUGUGUUUGUAAUUGGUAACAGUUUUAUACCAUGGGUGGAUGGGCCCCGCAGUACUGAAAGUGUCAAUGAAGGUGUUUUGAAUUCCAUAAAUUCAAAACCCACUCUGAAACGCAGGGGUUAUAAGGAUUUGUAUUGAACGUGGACGAAUAUGUAGAGGUAAAACACGUUCUGAACAGAUAACUGAAAAUAUUAUUGCCUAAACGGCUUCGUAAAGUGUAAAUAGUGAGCGUUUUCGAAUCGGGAAAACUGUAGCCUUGCAGAAAAAACAGGGGUGGAACGCUUGUGACAGUUCGUGGGUUAUUAUUUUGCAACAAUUCCGAGGCAGUGAAACAGGUCUUAGAAUGUAAAACAUGGUGAAAUAGUGAAGCAACCCCGAGGCAGUGAAGCAAGCCCAUUGCAGUGAAACAAGCCUUUGCAAUAUUUGUCACUGCUCCCGAAAGAUAUAAUCAUGGAUUUAACGUUAUAACAACGAUCCCAAUACAGUGAUAUUCACGAAACACUAAGCUGAACUUAAAACGUAAUCACUUAUAGACCUGUCACGCACCUGUGGCUUGACUACGAAGAAAGGAACCAUUUAAGAAUCACUGAACGAAUCACGAACCAGUGUAACAGCCCGCAACUAGUCUAUUAGUUUCGAAUCACUAUACUAGUCACAAACGAGAACACCGGUUACGAACCUGUGUACAGACUCAGAACUACUGUGUUCCAUUCGGGAACCACUGGACCAUUAUCGUACCAGUGGUACAACAAUGGUACGUUUCAAAACAAAAAGAAAAAAGGUUUAAUCACGAAGCUUGAAACUCUCGAGUCUCUGAAUCAUAUUAAAAUAUACAAAAUUGAAACAGACAAAUGUACAGAAAUACUCUAAACAAAUAUCCCCUUGAAUGGCCUUUCUGUGUAGGUAAAUUGGUAAUAUAUAUAUUGACAAAUAAAUAAUUUCUAAAAGCACAUUUAUAAGGAAACCCUCAAUAGUUUCUUUAGCAGUUCAAAUUAUAAAUAAGUUUUGAGCACAUGGCUCGUAAAAUAGACAUUUGGAAGGACGACUCUGACAGCUUUGAGGAGACGUCGUGUCGUUGGAUCAAGGGAGCGAGGAGCACGGAUCUCUUCACCCAACAAUAGACAAGUGAUUGUCUUCAUGUCGAGUCUAAAAAAUAGUGAUUGGAGAUAGAUGUUUUUACAAUCUACGUAUGGCUGGGCACUCGAUACCAUAAGGCUACUGAUGUAUGUGUGUGUGUGUAUACAGUAUAUACAUAUGUAUGUAUAUAAUGUAAUUUUUGAAGGUGUAACAUUUGAUUGAUGUUUUAUUUACUUGUUCAUUGUGUAUGACAUCAAAGCUUAAACAUUAUGUGAGUUGAUGAUGUUUUCAUUUAAAAAAAUGUUUACAGGGGAUAUAUAUAAUA